AUGUGUACUAAAAUGGAACAGCCGUUCUAUGACGACUCCUUUUUUUCCGGCUACGGGCGUGCAGAGCUGAGCGGGCCCCUGGACUACAAGGCGCUGAAGCAGAAUAUGGCCGUCAACCUCUCGGAGCCCUACCGGGGCCUCAAGGCGCAGCUGCACCUCCGGGGCCAGGCGGCGGAGGAAGGAGGUGCCUUCUACGCCCCCGCCGGCCUGCCCGAGGCAGGCGCCAACUCUUCGCUCAAGCUGGCCUCGCCGGAGCUGGAGCGGCUCAUCAUCCAGAACAGCAACGGGGUGAUCACCACCACGCCCACCCCGGGCCCCUAUUUCUACCCCCGGGGGGCCACGGAGGAGCAGGAGGGUUUUGCCGACGGCUUUGUGAAGGCCCUGGACGACUUGCACAAGAUGAACCACAUGCCCCCGCCCAACGUCUCCAUCGGUGCGGCCGCCUCGGUGGCCAGUAGCGUCUACGGGGCCUCCCUCCAUCAAGAGCCGCCCCCCGUCUACACCAACCUGACCAGCUACAACCCCAGCACCAUGACCACCUCCUCCAGCUACCCCACCGCCAACCUCAGCUACUUGCCCCAGACCCACGCCUACGGGGGUCACUCCUUGGCCCCCUCCCUCCCGUCUAGGGUGCAGGUCUUCAAGGAAGAGCCUCAGACCGUGCCGGAUGUCCAGUCACCUCCUGUGUCUCCCAUCAACAUGGAAGAUCAGGAGAGGAUCAAGGUGGAAAGGAAGCGGCUGAGGAACCGGCUGGCGGCUACCAAGUGCCGGAAGAGGAAGCUGGAAAGGAUAGCCCGGCUGGAGGACAAAGUCAAGACGCUGAAGACUGAGAACGCGGGACUGUCCAACACGGCUAGCGUCUUGAGAGAUCAGGUGGCCCAACUCAAGCAGAAAGUCAUGAAUCACGUGAACAAUGGUUGCCAGUUGCUUUUGACUGUUAAAAUGCAAUCCUUCUGAAACCCCCCCCCCCAUGUUAUUUAAGAGACUUGUGUGUAACUGGACUCCCUGUUGGAAAGUUUACAUGAACUUUAUCUGGACUUCUGUAGUGUUCUCACACGUUGGACCAACCUGUGCAUGCAACUUUGAAGACGAUUCUCGGCCUCCUCCUGUUUGCUGAUGGUUGUAUUAUUAUUAUUUUUUGGAUGGGAGGGGGUUGUAUUUUGCUCUCUGCUGGAUUCAGAAUAUGUGCGUAUUGCCUAAAAUUGAUGUGUAUGUGUGAGUGUAUUUAAAAAUGGAACAAACCAACAAACUUGUUGCAUAGCUGGAUAGUGCGGCAAGAGGUACUUCAGCAAGGGACGUGUGUCUGAAUUAAGGGGCCAGGACUUUCCUGAACUUAAAACAGAACGAACAAAAACCAAAUCUGUUACUUGACAUUGACAGAUAAGAGAAACGGAUUGAUUGCCACACCAUAGAACUGCCUAACCCAUGAAAGGAAAUACAGCUUCUUUACUUUACUUUUUUGUGGUGGUUUUUUGUUUUGUUUUUUAAACAAAAGUCCUUGAAUUUAUUUUGUUUUGUGUGUUUAAAAAAAGUUGAUUGUAUUUGUGUUUUUUGACCUUUUAUUUAAGUAAAAAAACCAAUGUUCUCUAA